UCAAUUUGUUGCCAUGUAUUGAAGUGUACUUGAUCCAUUAUGUUUGUUACCAAGCUGGUUUUUGGAUCAUUCGUAAUGUCUUGACUGAACAUUUCGUCUGGUGAUGAUAAUGACUUAAAUGGAGUAUCACCUUUCACCGAUGGAUUGCUAAUAAUUGAACGACAUAGAGCAUGAAGAAUGAAAUUGGUAAGAAAUCGAAGUGAAAUUAUUGUCAAAAUCUCUUCAUAACUCACCCGAUACGGGCAAAAUUAGUGAUUAUAUUGACCAUACGCUUAAUCGCUCUAUAAUUCACAUUUGAAUCGUCGCUGACUUGUAAUAAAUUUUCAUAUAGUUUGUAACUAUCCAAGAAACGGCAACGGAAAAUAAAGCACAGCUCUUCUCCGUGAGCCAUUCCAUCGAAAUCUAAUUGAUAUGUCACUUUGUAUAUAUUGAGUGCAGUAUCUACACCGAAUCUAGAAUUGAUGGACAAGUUGUUGAAAUUAUUUUAAAUGGAUCGUUAGAAUGGCAUUCAAACCUCAGUAGAAACGUAUUUUUCCGUGUUUCCUUGUUAUUUGCUAUCACUUGAUAUCGGGCAGCUUUGAGAAUGCCAUACCCGAAGCUUGAAUCUGAGAGCAAACCAAUAUUUGCACGUUUAAUUGCAUCAUCAUUGGUUGUGUCAUUGAAAUAGGCGUCUGUCAACAGAUCAAUCGCAUUCUUGUAUUCCUGCAAAAAGAUGUUAUUCAUUCUCUCAAUCCAGUUUUUGUUUUUUCAUAAUAUAAACAGCGCCAGACCACAGUCGUCAAUCAAAUAAAAUGCAUAGAAUUACUUCUGGGUAAGAAUCUUUAAAGAAUCCUCGGAAUGGCAGCAACAACUUUGAAUCCUUCCAGUCUCCUUUAAGAAGUGGUUCAGUGCUUGUAGUUAUUUCUGGAUUAAAUGUUAUGGAUUCCUAUGGGAAGAAUAUGUUAAAUUUUCAAAAAUGACUUCAAAACAUUUUAUCGAUUAUUCUUAAUUACUUGAGAAGUAAGACUGAACAUGGUAUCCAUAAUUGGUGCCUUAUCCGAUUUAUAAAUUUCUUCCGGAUUUUUGGUUAUGAAUGCUCCUUUGGUUUCAGAGCUUUCCAUGGUGGCACGAAAAACCUGUCCCAAAUGCAAAACCAAUCCAAAAGAUGGCGCUAAUGGCACGGAGCAGUUCAGUUUUGACAUUGCUAGUUUGUCAUAUGGUCGCUGUGGUGUGUGUUGUCUUUCGCGCCAAAACAUCGUUUGUCACACAGUCAACUAACUGUUGCGCAUUCAUUGUUUUCUUGUAUCUUGUUAGUCGCACAAGUGAAUCGUAUUCCGUUUCUAUCGACGAUAAAAAAAAAUAUAUUUUGUGGUUACUUUAUUGUUGCUUGUUCCCCCAUUAAUUAAUCAUGGAUGUAGCUGAUGUUCAAGUUGGUCAAUUGCGUGUAAAAGACGAUGUUGGAAUUCGUUGCCAGAAAUUGUUUCAAGAUUUCUUGGAAGAAUUCCGUGAAAACGGUGAAAUAAAAUAUUUGCAUCCAGUGCAGGAGCUUGUAUCGCCGGAUCGUUCAACGCUUGAAGUGAAUUUCGAUGAUGUUGAAAAGUAUAACCAAAAUUUGGCCACCACCAUCAUCGAAGAAUAUUAUCGUAUCUAUCCGUUUUUGUGCCAAGCGGUAUCAAACUACACAAAAGAUCGUACCGAAUUGAAAAAAGAGAAAGAAUGCUAUGUUUCGUUCACCGAUGUUCCAACUCGGCAAAAAGUUCGUGAAUUGACCACAUCGAAAAUUGGUACAUUGAUUCGUAUCUCCGGUCAAGUGGUUCGUACACAUCCAGUUCACCCGGAAUUGGUGUCGGGUACAUUUGUGUGCCUUGACUGUCAGACAGAAGUGCGUGACGUUGAACAACAGUUUAAAUUCACAAACCCAACCAUUUGCCGGAAUCCAGUUUGUGCCAAUCGUCGCAAAUUCAUGCUUGAAACGGAUAAAUCCAUGUUUAUCGAUUUCCAAAAAGUCCGCAUUCAAGAGACACAAGCCGAAUUGCCGCGUGGUUGUAUCCCACGUUCGGUUGAGGUCAUUUUGCGCAAUGAAAUUGUCGAAACGGUUCAGGCUGGCGAUCGAUAUGAUUUCACUGGUACUUUGAUCGUUGUACCGAAUGUGGCAUCGUUGCAGUUGCCCGGCGCCAAAGCCGACCUUGGAUCACGUCAUCAACGAGGUGAAGCGGCUGCUGCCGAAGGUGUUCGUGGAUUGAAAGCGUUGGGUGUUCGUGAUUUGUCAUAUCGCAUGGCAUUUUUAGCUUGCAGCGUUCAGGCCACAACUUCUCGAUUUGGCGGCACUGAUUUGCCAAUGAGCGAAGUUACCGCUGAAGAUAUGAAAAAUCAAAUGACAACCGAAGAAUGGAAUAAGGUGUAUACGAUGUCAAAGGAUCGCAACAUUUACAACAAUCUGAUUAACAGCCUGUUCCCAUCCAUUUAUGGCAAUGACGAAGUUAAACGUGGUGUUUUGCUGCAGUUGUUUAGUGGCGUAGCUAAAACUACACAUGAACAAACAACAUUGAGAGGUGAUAUCAACGUGUGCAUCGUUGGCGAUCCAAGUACAGCUAAAUCGCAGCUUUUAAAACAGGUCGCUGAGUUUUCGCCACGUGCCGUGUAUACAUCAGGCAAAGCGUCAUCGGCAGCUGGUUUAACUGCAGCCGUUGUCAAAGACGAGGAGAGUUUUGACUUUGUCAUCGAAGCUGGUGCCCUUAUGUUGGCUGACAACGGUGUCUGUUGUAUCGAUGAGUUCGACAAAAUGGAGGUCCGCGAUCAAGUAGCCAUCCACGAGGCAAUGGAACAGCAAACUAUUUCAUUGGCCAAGGCUGGUGUUCGUGCCACCCUAAAUGCUCGCACGUCAAUCCUUGCUGCCGCCAAUCCAAUCAAUGGUCGUUACGAUCGUUCAAAGUCACUGCAGCAGAACAUUCAAUUGAGCGCACCGAUCAUGUCACGUUUUGAUUUGUUCUUCAUUUUGGUUGAUGAAUGCAAUGAAAUCACCGACUAUGCCAUCGCUCGGAGAAUCAUCGAUUUGCACACAAACAUGGAGGAACAACAAACUGAGCAUGUUUACACGCGUGAAGAGGUGCUUCGAUACAUAACAUUUGCUCGUCAGUUUAAGCCGAUGAUUAGUGAAGAUGCGGCUCAUUUGUUGGUUGAAAAUUAUGGCCAUGUGCGUCAGCGUGACACUGGCAUGACUGGAAAAGGAUCAUGGCGCAUCACGGUACGUCAAUUGGAGAGUAUGGUUCGACUUAGCGAAGCAUUGGCCAAACUUGAGUGCUUGAAUGAAGUACAGGCUAAACAUGCAAAAGAAGCCUAUCGUUUGCUCAACAAGUCAAUAAUUCGUGUCGAACAGCCGGAUAUUCACUUUGACGAUGAGGACGAUGCAAUGCUUGCCGACAUCGAUAUGCAAGAUGAAAACUUACCGCCUAACGAUCAGGCCAUCGAAACGGAAGAAACGGCCGGUGAAUUACAAAAGAAGAAACUCACACUUGCAUUCGAAGAUUAUCGUAACAUUUCCAAUAUGUUGGUGUUGCAUAUGCGAGCCGAAGAAAGCAAAAUGGAUUCGGGUGAAAGUGAUUCGGAGGGUGUUCGUCGUGAAGAUUUGGUAAAUUGGUAUUUGGAACAGGUUGCCGAUGACAUUGAAAGCGAAGACGAUCUGAUUGAACGCAAAACACUGGUUGAAAAGGUCAUCGAUCGUCUGAUGAACCAUGAUCAAGUCAUCAUUCCACUGCGCACAACUAUCUUGAAACCAAAACAAACCGAUACCGAUGAAGAUGAGGCCAAUCCAGUGCUUGUGGUGCACCCCAACUAUGUCAUCGAAUGAGCUGCUGCACACUAGAAUUAUCACACUUUUUUGUUUGAAUUUGCAUUUCUUUUUUUUAUUAUUAUUAUUAUAUUCUCGUACAAACUCUUAUUUAUAAGUUAAUUUUAGCCAUUAUUCUACAUACUCUUCUUGACUUUCUGAACCACAUUGCUCACUGUUGAUCCAAAAAAAGCAAACCAAACAAAUCAUUUAGAAUUUAAAAACAUAAGAACAAUGAACUUUUUUUUGAAAACCGUUGAAUAAAUUUGCAAUUUUUUUUAAACCAAAAA